UUCUCUUCCUACAUGGUGUCAGUGAAAUCGAUGCUGUGUGUUUUGUAGCUCAGGCUGGUUUAGCACGACUCACAGCAGCACAAAGAUAUGUGUUUGAUUCAGUGCUCUCAAUCUUUGGCAAAGAUGUGGCAGAAAACAUCAGGGUUCUGGUGACAUUUGCAGACAGUCAACGACCAUCAGUUCUAGAGGCGAUCAAUGCUGCAGGAGUCCCAUGUCCUAAAACAAAAGACGGACUGCCGGCUCACUUCAAAUUCAAUAAUUCAGCGCUGUUUAUAAACAACAAACCAGCUGUGGCAGACAGCAUGAAUGAUGAUGAUGACAAUGAUAAUGAUGAUGAUGAAGAGGACUUCAAUCAGAUGUUUUGGAAGAUGGGGACAAAAAAUAUGAAGAAGUUUUUUGCCGCUCUGAAUAAAAUAGAAACCAAAAGCUUGACACUGACAAAAGAGGUCCUCAGAGAAAGAAAGCAGCUCGAGAUUUCAGUUGAGAAUCUGCAGGUACAAGUUAAACUUGGGUUAGCCAAGCUUGAGGAGAUAAAAGAAACAAGGGAAAAAAUUAAAAACUGCAGGGCAGAGAUCAGCAGAAAUGAAAGCUUUGAGUUUGAAGUUUCUGUUAAAAUCCCUGUUCCGGAGGAUAUUUCGAAUCCUGGAAACUACAUCACCAACUGCAAGCAGUGUCAUUACACCUGUCACUACCCUUGCCAGACAGCAAAUGAUGCAGAUAAACGUGGCUGUGCAGCAAUGGGGCCAGAUGGAUACUGUACAGAGUGCCCAGGGAAAUGCAUCUGGAAUGUACAUUAUAAUCAGAAGUAUAAAUGGGUGUAUAAAGAAGUUAAAGAAAAACGAACAAUAAAGGAGCUGAGAAAAAAGUACUUGAAGGCGAAAGGAAAGAAGAUGACUGUUCAAGCACUGGUUGACAAACUGAAUGCUGAGUAUGACUGUUUGCAGGCUGAGGUGGUGAAACUGGUGGAGAAAUCUGCAGAGUGUCUGAACAGACUCAAAGAGAUAGCACUGAAGCCAAACCCUCUGUCCACUCUAGAACACAUCGACAUGCUUAUUGAAGGAGAGAAAACUGAGGCUAAACCAGGCUGGAAGCAACGAGUUCAGUCUCUGACGUCCCUGAAAGAAAAAGCAGAGCUCAUGGCUCACGUGGAGAAAUUUAAUUAAAAAUUUCUUGAUGCUACAUCUUUGACAAUUCACAAAUAAAAUAAGAUAAAUAAAGACAGAAGUAGCAUCAAAUAUUUAGAGGCAUUAAAUCUCAGCCAGCAACAGCAAUAUUAAGUAAUUUUAAGGUUUCAUAUAAUUCAUAUAAUUCUAAAUGUUUUUUUUUUUACAGUUUAAUGCUUUAUCAUUUUUUUACAUCACUUUAGACAACAUAAAACCUAAACAACAUACAACACUGAUCACAACAUAACUGUUUUAUUUCUUCAUUCAAUUAUUUUAUUCCCUCUUAACUGUUUAUAAUACCUGACACACACUGUUCUCAUGUUUUAAAUCUGCUUUAUGUUUUUUAUGUCAUAAAAUGCAAAUAUUAUUGAUAUAAGAGAUUUUUUUUCUGAGUUACAUGUUAUGUCUAUUCUUGUAAUAGCCUGCUGAAUGAUGGUGACAUC